CUUGGCUGCCUUAUCAUCGCUUCCUUAUUGCCAAACCUGCAAAGACAGGGCUGUACUGAAUGCAGCGUAAUUUUGACCCAUGUUCCAUUAGCUGAGCGGCCCUGAGGGCACGAGGCUACCGCGCGGGACUGUAAUGCUACACUGUCCUCCCUCUCCGGCCAGUUCAUCCUCAGCAGCGCAGAGCUAUGGACCUCAACCCGUAGUGCUCUUCCAACACGGCGUAUCUGCAGUCACCUGCGACUCCAGUAGGCAAUCAAUAUUGAUAGAGAAUUGUAAAGGAUUACAGCCAUAAGGCAAUACGUCGGGCGGGGGGAGGCUGGAAUUAUGAAGCGCUGUCAACAUGUCUAAGGCCACUGUUAAGAAGCUGCACUGGCGCUCGAAAGUGCAGGAGAGCUUCGUCCCACUGGGCGGAGCCUCGAGAGAGCUUGGUGUGGCCAUUGGAGGGGGUGCAGAUUAUGGAGAGUUCCCAUUUGUUACAGCAGCACCUGGGGGUGGAGCCACUGUUGGUGACAUCAUCCUAGAGAUCGGUGGUACACCUGUCCUGGGAUUGACCUUGGGAGAUGUGCGAGGGGUUCUGAACUCAUGUCCACAUCCCAUUCGGAUCAAAACAGUAUUACCAGGCUCAACUCUCUGUAAGGAUCUGAGACUUUACCUGAGCAAGUGUUUUACACCCGGAUCCAUGGACAGCCAACUCCAACAGGUCAUACGAGAGAACCUCUACCUGCGCGCCGUGCCCUGUACGACCAGGCAACCACGGGAUGGAGAGAUCUCAGGGGUGGAUUAUAACUUUGUGUCCAUUGAGGAAUUUUUCUCCCUGGAAGAGUCUGGAGCCCUGCUGGAAAGUGGGAAAUUCAAAGGGAACUAUUAUGGCACACCUCGGCCAGUCCACAUCGGUCCUGACAGUCCCCCCAUUACAUACCAGGAACAUCGAAAUCUCCUGAGGAACUUCCGUACUCGUAGCAAAUCGCUCAGCAACCUGGAAAAGGCAGUGGAGGAAGGUGACAACAGCGAGGAAGACUCUGGUCUUUCAGCGGGGUCUGCAGGAGCCAGCAGUGCCCCUCCCACCACCAUAGUCUCACCUAAUCAGACUUGGGAUUCAGGCAGUGGGCGGGAUGGAGGGGUUGCCAUGGAGAACGGAGCACGUGGUGGGGCAUUGCCUGAAAACUGGGAGCUGGUGUUCAGUGACACGGGUGAACCCUAUUACAUCAACCAUAACUCAAAGACCACAAGCUGGCUUGACCCAAGGACUCAGGGCAAAGAGAUUGUCAGCAAGACGGAGUGUAAGUGUAUAUGUGUGCACGUGUCGGACAUCCUAGUGUACAUCAAUGACUCAUGUGUGCUGGGUCUGUCCCAUAAAGAAGUGGUAGAAAUGCUGAAAUCCGUCCCCAUGGUUCACAGUGUGGACGUGGUUCUCCGUCGAGGUUACCCCAUGCUCUACAGCCCUGAUGGCUGCCCCAAAACCAGCCUCUCCUCCCCUUCUGACCCAACCAGCACCAACUCUGCGGCCCCCGGUUCUGCUCAAACCCAGGUCCAACAUCCUGAUGGACACCACCCUGGCUUGGUGAACCUCAACCUCUCCAUGUCCCACCACAACAACUUCUACCCCCGCAUGCAGAAAGAGUCCUUGGAUGCUAAUGAAAACACAGCAAACCAGCCUUCAUACCUCAUUACCAUUUUCAACCCUCUCUGUCCCACAAAACAAUGUGUCAAACAAACUCUAGCGGACAUCCUAGUGUACAUCAAUGACUCAUGUGUGCUGGGUCUGUCCCAUAAAGAAGUGGUAGAAAUGCUGAAAUCCGUCCCCAUGGUUCACAGUGUGGACGUGGUUCUCCGUCGAGGUUACCCCAUGCUCUACAGCCCUGAUGGCUGCCCCAAAACCAGCCUCUCCUCCCCUUCUGACCCAACCAGCACCAACUCUGCGGCCCCCGGUUCUGCUCAAACCCAGGUCCAACAUCCUGAUGGACACCACCCUGGCUUGGUGAACCUCAACCUCUCCAUGUCCCACCACAACAACUUCUACCCCCGCAUGCAGAAAGAGUCCUUGGAUGCUAAUGAAAACACAGCAAACCAGCCUUCAUACUCAAUGGCCAAUGGAAAUGGAGUGGGAGGGACUUUCGGGAUGGGGGCGGUGCCUUCUUCAAAUGCCCCUCCUCCAUCAAAGAGGAUGAGCUCCAGUCAUAGCGAUACGGAGGUCAGCUCAUUUGUCACGCGCAGAGCUUCCCUUGUCCGAAGCUACAACAACAACUCUCUUCCAGCUCCGUCUCACGCCCAUCAUGGUUCCAAGUCUUCCGAGAGCGAUCUCUCCUCUGCUGUGCUCCUGCUGCCACAGCCUGAGGUGGGUCCUACCGCCCCGCCAGGAGCACCCAGCACCCAGCGGCCUCCAAUGCCCCAAACAUCUCUUGCUGUUGCACCCCCAACCGAGCACCCACCCUGUGGUUUCAACGGGUGUCCAGCCAACAAUCCCCCGCGGCCUCUUCCGGGUGGCCUAGGGUCCCCUGGAGCCCCAUUUGGGGUAGGCUGCGGGGGAGAGGUUGAGCUGGUACCUGUGGCCUUAGGCAGGAGUGAGGGAGGGGGUAUGGGUUUCAGUGUGACAGCUGGGGGGCAGGGAGGGCAACUGGCGGUGGUGAAGAGAGUUUGGGACAGACGACAAUGCCACUCCCUACAGCCAAGGGACGCUAUUAUUAAAAUCAAUGGUGCUGACGUACAGAGCCUCAGCUUCGCCCAGGUGCAGCGAGUGCUGCAAGAACAUACCAAACAGGGUGAGGUGGUCUUACUGGUUUACAGAGGAGGUUCUCUUUGUUCCCCAGGCUCACCAAAUGCCUUUAAGAAACCUCCUCCCUCCUUGGGCACCCCUGAUCUGACCUCGCCCUCCUCCAAUGCUGCUGUGCCCAGCCAGAGCACCCUCUCUCCCUCCUCGGCAUGCGGUGACCUCCCCAACCUGGUCCAAAGCACCAGCUUCCUGGACUCUGUGCCCGUGACCCUGACCCUAGAGCCCCGGGACUGGAUAGGAGUCGAGGACGGACCUGCUCAGUGGAGCCGUACUGCUCCCUCUAAUCUCGGCGCAGUAUCCAAAAGCCAUGUAGACACAAGGGGAGCGAUCUCUUCCAGAGCGAUGGAGGUGGAGUUGAGACGGAGACCAGGAGAAGGAUUCGGGUUUGUCAUCGCAUCCCAGGAUGUGAUGAAUGGAACCUCGUCUCUAGUGUCUCACAGGUUUGUGACGGUGCGACGGGGGAGCCCAGCAGCACGCAGUGGUCAGAUUCAGCCGGGGGAUCAGCUGGAGGCCGUGGAGGGCAGAUCAGUGGUCACGCUGCCUCACAGAGACCUCACACAGAUACUGCGUAGAGCCGGCAACACACUCAGACUCAUCAUUAUACCACGCUCUCACACUAACAAUAAUCUUCCUGAGUACCCUGACUUUGAUGCUGAGAGUCGGUUAAGAAAAGGGCAUCGUGCCAAGCAAAAGGAUUCCCAGUAUUAUAGCGUUGAUCUUGAGAGGGGGCCAACAGGGUUUGGUUUUAGUUUGCGAGGUGGAAGCGAGUAUAACAUGGGUCUGUAUGUGCUCGGUCUGAUGGAGGGUGGACCAGCCUCACGCAGUCAGAAAAUACAGGUGAGUGAUCAGCUCGUGGAGAUUAACGGAGACAACACAUCUGGAAUGACACACAGCCAGGCCGUGGAGCAGAUCCGAAAGGGAGGAGCCCGGAUACACCUUAUACUGAAGAAAGGCAAUGGAUACGUUCCAGAUUAUGACCGUGAAGCUGGAGCCGUUUCCCCCUCCUCCCUCUUUUCCAAAGAGCCACGUAUGGCUACAGUGGAUCGCUCUCCUUUGAGGAGCAGCAGAUGGGUGGAUGACAGUGGACAAGAGAGGAGAGAGAGGAGGGGGAAGGAAAGGAGGGAAUCAGGGGGAAGGAGCAGAGGAAGAGGAACGGAGGAAAGCAAGUGGGGCUGGGCGGAAGAUGGUAGUAUGGCUGGUAGCUCCCGGUCGGCAGGAAGAAGGAGAGAGCAACAGAUGCGUUCACGGAGUUUACCCGGCACGCUGAGGAGCUGAGAGGGGCCACGGAGAGAAGAGGAUGAGGACAACACACGGGGGGGAAGGAAGGGAGAAGAGGAACAACGACAAGAAAGGCAAAAAAGUAAUAGCGUUGGAGAGAGAAGAGGAAAAGUGAAGGAUGUUAGUUCAGAGAGAGAGAAUGGUCUCCCAACACACCGAGAGAAAGAGAGAGGAAGUGUCAGAAGAGAAAAGAGUGAUCACAAUAGAACCAGCACAAUGGAGGUCACACAGCACACACCUUUCUCCUUCCUCAUGCCUUUGGACAAUGACGAUGAUGGAUCGGGCGCAGAAUCGGCUCACAGCUUCUCUGAAGUCAGUGUGUCUGCAGCCAGCAUCGCAUUCUCGGGGACACAGUGGCCCCUGGAUGCCAUCAGCCCUCUACAGGCUCCUGGAUCUCCGACAACACCCCCGGGACCCUGGCUAGUCCCCAGCCCUCACAAACUCUCUCAGGUUUUAGAGGGGAAAAGGCUGAGCCAGAAUAAGGGAGGACUGUGGUCCUAAUGCUAUCUCUUUAAAGGGAUAGUUCACCUAAAAACUCAACCUCAUGACGUUCCAAUUCAGUAUGACUAUUUAUAAGAAUUUAUUUAUAAGAAUUGUGGUAGUUGCACUUUUUCACAUGAAUGAAUGGGUACUGAAGCUUUUAAGAUUAAAAAAAGAUGCAAAAGCACCAAAAAUGCUUUAUACAACUUGUAUACUAUAUUCCAAGUCUUAAGUCAAUUUUUGUGACUGAUCAAGUGAUUAAAAAAAAGGAUUUAUUUAUGAAUCUGUGCUACUUCUCUCAUGAAAUAACAUGGCAAAGAGAGCUAGAUUUUAGUGAAUAAAGGUGCUGUCUUAUUUACCAUUGUUCAGCUAUUUUUUGCAAUUUUAGCUAUUUUCAUCAUUUUAAUAGGAAUCCACACCAUCUGGAAUUUCAUGUAAGAUUUCCCAAUGUGUAUUUCGCAACGACUUCAGUUGAUCAUGUGAAUUUGCUACGUUUACCAACAAAAACCUGCUUGGUGUUAAAGUGAAUUUUGUGUGAGCUGUGGUUCAUACAAAGCUACACUAUUGACAAUUUACAAUAGACCAUUUUUGCUUGCAAAAUUGCGCUAAUGUGAUUGCACUUUAAAAGGAUAGUCCACCCAAAAAUUAUGACAACAUUUUCUUUUUUGGGUGGACUGUGCCAAACAACUGAGAUCGUGAUCUGUUCUUCACACAAUACUAUCACAUAUCAUAUUGACUUUUAAUAACAUUUGAAUGUAAUUUAGUUCUUAAGCCAAAUGAACCAAUUUUAUGAUUGAUAUUCACCUUCAUGAUCCUUUAAUGAUGCUUUUGCAUCCUUUUCUUUAAAAUUUCUCCUUGUGUGUUUCAUGGAAGAAAAUAGUCA